GUCAUGAAACGGGUUCGAACUGAGCAGAUCCAGUAUGCUGUGGCUCAGUACAUGAAAAGGAGGCAGUACGUGGACACUGAGGGUUCACUGAAAGGCGUCAAGCUGUCCCAGUCAGCUGAAGAGAUGGCUGCCAGCUUGACAGUACAGGUGGAGUCUGGUUGUACCAACAUCGUCUCCGCUGCACCCUGCCAGGCUGACCCUCAGCAAUAUGAGACACAGUACUCCAGGCUGCGCUCCUUUCUCUCAGAAACAGAACUAUGCUGGGCCCAGGAGGUGAGCAGCCUCCUUUAUCCUAUCUUUGUCUACCUCCACCUGGAUAUGGUGCGCUGUGGCCUGAAGGGGGCGGUGGAUAGUUUUUACAGUCGCUUUCAUGACACCUUCCUUCAGGACAGCGAGCAACGUGCUGUUGUGGAGCAGCUCCGCCAUGUUCUCACUGCACAGGACGUUGCAGCCAACGCCAAGCUGAGAGCGUUCAUGGAGCACAAGUACGUGGUUCACCUGACGGAGCCGACCUACAGCUACCUGCUGCGUUACCUGCAGAGUGAGGACAACAGCACCCUGUGCAGGGUCCUCAGCACACACCUGCAGGUGGAGGUCACUGCCUGCAGGCGUACAGAUUACCAGCUGUACGGAGCUGCUGCCAGCUCUUCAACCGCCCCAAACUCUGCCGCCUCCUGGGCGGGUGUGGACGGAGCAGAGGGUGGAGAUGGGGUGGAGGUCCCUGCAGGGAUCCCACAGAGCGAGACCGCCCUCCAGGCGCUGCAGGAUUGCAUUAAGAAAGUCCGUGAGGGCCCGCCUUCGCUGACCACCGUCUGCUUCUAUGCUUUCCACCACACAGAGCAGAUGCUGAACACGGCUGAGGUGUCAGCUGACAGCCGGCUGCUGGCUGCAGGCUUCGACAGCUCUACGGUGAAGCUGUGGAGCCUCCGAGCCCGAAAACUAAAGGCCAGGUCACACCAGGCUGACGUGUCACGCAUCCACCUGGCAUGUGAUGUACUGAAGGAGGAAGAGGAAGACGAGGACAGCUGCGGCAGUGAGAUAAAAACUCUACGGGCUCACAGCGGUCCCGUGUAUCGGACCACCUUCCUGACGGACAGCUCCGGGCUGCUGUCCUGCUCUGAGGACACAACGGUCCGGUACUGGGACCUGAGCAGCUUCACCAACACGGCACUGUAUCAAGGCCACGCCUACCCAGUGUGGGACGUGGACGUCAGCCCCUGCAGUCUGUACUUUGCCAGCGGCUCCCAGGACCGCACUGCUCGCCUGUGGACCUUCUCACGCACCUACCCUCUGCGCCUUUAUGCAGGGCACCUCUCUGACGUGGACUGCAUCAAAUUCCACCCCAACUCCAACUACCUGGCAACGGGUUCCACAGACAAGACUGUGCGUCUGUGGAGCACCCAGCAGGGGGCGUCUGUUCGCCUCUUCACCGGCCACCGCGGCCCUGUGCUGGCGCUCUCCUUCUCCCCCAACGGGAAGUACCUGGCUUCUGCCGGAGAGGACCAGCGAGUCAAGCUGUGGGACCUGGCAGCAGGGACACUGUUCAAAGACCUGAGGGGACACACGGACAGCAUCACCAGCCUGUCCUUCAGUCCGGACAGCAGCCUGGUGGCGUCUUCCUCCAUGGACAGCUCGGUGCGGGUGUGGGACAUCCGCAGCUCCCACGGCGGGACGCCUUCUGACGGCUCGUCCAGCGAGUUGGUGGGACUGUACGCCGGAAACACCAGCAACGUCCAUAACGUCCAGUUCAUGGCCUGCAACCUGCUGCUGGUGACGGGCUCGGCUCAGGAGAAGACCGAAGUGUAGCCUCAGCGCUCAGAGUUCAUCACAUGUUCCAGAGGCGCAGCUUCCCGCUUAGUUUAUGGCAUAGGAAAAAGGUUUUUUUUUUUUAUAAAUAAUACUGUUUCUCUUUUGAAACGGACAUUUUCAUUUAUACAUAACGUUAUUUGUUUUUCAAUAAAGAUGUACCCAGUUUGUUUUUACUGGA